ACAGGCAGAAAGACGGACUGAUCUGGACCUGCUGAGACGUGACGGGUCGGUGAUCACCAACAGCUGAAGUUGAGAUGGGCUGUCUGGGAGGGAAGACAGAGGAGGAACGACUGGAUGAAAAAGCGAAGAGAGAAGCCAACAAGAAGAUCGAGAGACAGCUGCAGAAAGAGCGACAGGCUUAUAAAGCUACACACAGACUCUUACUGCUGGGUGCAGGAGAAUCAGGUAAAAGCACCAUAGUGAAGCAGAUGAGGAUUCUUCAUGUCGACGGCUUCAACGCUGAAGAGAAGCAGCAGAAGAUUCAGGACAUCAGGAAAAACGUGAAGGACGCCAUCGUGACCAUCGUGUCGGCCAUGAGCGUGCUGACUCCGCCCAUCCCUCUUGGUAACCCUGACAACCAGUUCAGAGUCGACUACAUCAAGAGCAUCGCGCCGCUGUCUGACUUUGAAUACACAGAGGAGUUCUUUGAGCAUGCUCAGAAGCUGUGGGAGGACGAUGGUGUGAAGGCGUGUUUUGAACGCUCCAAUGAGUAUCAGCUGAUCGACUGUGCGCAGUACUUCCUAGACAGGUUGGACUCAGUCAGGAGGACAGAUUACACACCUACUGACCAGGAUUUGUUGCGUUGCAGAGUUUUGACUUCAGGGAUUUUUGAAACCAGGUUUCAGGUGGACAAGGUCAACUUCCACAUGUUUGACGUGGGAGGACAGAGGGACGAGCGGAGGAAGUGGAUUCAGUGCUUCAAUGAUGUAACCGCGAUCAUCUUUGUGGCAGCGAGCAGCAGCUACAACAUGGUGAUCAGAGAGGACAACUCCACCAAUCGGCUGCGAGAAUCUUUGGACCUCUUCAGAUCCAUCUGGACCAACAGGUUUCUGAAGACCAUCUCUGUGAUCCUGUUCCUGAACAAACAGGAUGUGCUGGCUGACAAGAUCCUGGCAGGAAAAUCGAAACUGGAGGAUUAUUUCCCUGAAUACAACAACUACCAAGUACCUGCAGACGGUGUUCCAGAUGCUGAUGAAGACCCCAGAGUGACUCGAGCCAAGUUCUUCAUCAGAGACGAGUUUCUGAGGAUCAGCACAGCGAGCGGCGAUGGGAAACAUUACUGCUACCCUCACUUCACCUGUGCCGUCGACACUGAGAACAUCCGCCGCGUAUUCAACGACUGUCGUGACAUCAUCCAGCGCAUGCACCUGCGGCAGUACGAACUCCUCUGA